AUGAUGCGGAUGGUCUGCAGCCUGCUUCUUGUCAGCUCCCUUUUUGUACUCAAAGGUGAAGCACUGCAGUGUUACACCUGCGUGGGCUCUGGGGAUGACGACUGUAACAGACAAGGAACUCAGCAGUGCCCAGGCCAUUCAGAUGCGUGUGCGAUCAUCAGAGGACAAGCAAGUGGCGUGAUGAAGUCCUGCUCGUUCAGGUCCUUCUGCGAGCGAGCGAGGCGGGACGGCUCCAGAGCGCCCGGAGUCAGCGUCCACUGCUGCUACACAAACAACUGCAACGCCAAGGGCCUGGCUCCCAGCCUCACCACCUCCAGCAGCUACUUCUGUCUCCUUGUCUUUACGCUGCUGUGGUACCCCUUGUUGCAGCUGACGUGAGGGGGGGCAAAAGAAGAGUACCCUGAAGC